AUGACGAGAUGGGAGCAGAGCACGACGAGAGACUCGUGCAGCCCUGGCACAGAAGGGCGCCCUGGCACAGAAGGGCACCGUGGCACAGAAGGGCACCCUGGCACAGAAGGGCACCCUGGCACAGAAGGGCGCCCUGGCACAGAAGGGCACCGUGGCACAGAAGGGCGCCCUGGCACAGAAGGGCGCCCUGGCACAGAAGGGCGCCCUGGCAGGACGGCAGCACGGCCUGACGGCCGACACGCGGUGUCGGUGCGAUGCAGCUGCUUCCGAGGGAUGGCGACACUGCAGAAUGAAGUUGAACCCAAACACAUUCUGCAGCCCAAUGAACGACACAACUAG